AUGGUAGCGUCUAGAAAUUUGAUUCCGUUUCAUGAAGUACUCAUUGAAACAACGGUGACCAAUGAAGUUUCCAUUGCCAAGAGCUGGAUACUCGCCGUACGAUCAGAAAAUAUUGAAGAGCCAACGGUAAUCAUCUCUCUAAACUCCAAGACAAACCCUCAAGAUGAUGCAAAAACCGCAACUCUUCAGUUAUGCAUCAAAACCAAAUGUCUCAUACUUCAACUCCUUCAUAUGAACCAAAACACCAACCUCGAAGAAUGUCUUGGUGAUCUAUUUCGAGAUAAUCGAUUUGUUUUCGUAGGAAUCGGUAUUGCGGAAACGGUCAAGAAGCUCAACGGUCUAGUCACAGCUGUUGUUAAGAAAGUUGAUGUUCGUGAUUUGGUAAAGGUUAAUCAUCCUAUUAGUUAUGUGGCGAGAUCAAGGCUUAGCUUGAAGGCCAUGGCUUGUGAGUUGUUGGGGUUUGGUUCGUGGAAACCAAAAAGGAAUUUCUGUCCGAGAGAUUUGACUAGUAGAGUCCUUGAUGAAGAGCUGGUUAAGUUUUUGUCCAUUGAUGCUUAUGUUUCUUAUAAAAUUGGGUAUAAGAUGCUUAAACAAUAA